GGGCUGCUGCGCGCGCCCCAAAACCGCCUAACAACGCCGACGACCGAUGCCGCCGCCGCCGCUGCACGCCGCCGCCUCCCUCCCCUACCAAUGCUCCGUCCUCCUCCGCCAGCUUGCCGCGCGCCACUCCCAUGUCCCGGCCUCCCCCUGCUCCUUCCUUCGCGCCCUCCGCCGCCUCCACGCGCGCCUCCUCACCGGCGCGCUCCUCCACAACCCGUCACACCCCCACCUCACGCUCCGCCUCCUUCACCUCUACACCCUCUCCCCCGACCUCGCCACCCCGGCGAUCCUCUUCCGUUCGGACCCCAGCCCCAUCGCCGCAACGUCCCUCGUCUCCGCCUACGCCGUCGCCGGCCGCCUCCCCGAUGCCGCCUCGUUCUUCGACUCCGUCCCGCUCCCCCGCCGGGACACGGUGCUCCACAACGCCAUGAUAUCCGCGUUCGCCCGCGCCUCCCUCGCCGCGCCCGCCGUCUCCGUGUUCCGCUCGCUGCUUUGCUCUGACUCCCUUCGCCCCGAUGACUACUCCUUCACUGGGCUCCUCAGCGCCGUCGGCCACAUGCACAACCUCGCGGCGUCGCACUGCACGCAGCUGCACGGAGCCGUCCUCAAAUUGGGCGCCGGGGCUGUCUUGUCGGUGUCCAACGCGCUCAUUGCGCUCUACAUGAAAUGUGAUGCACCUGAGGUGACCCGGGACGCGCGGAAGGUGCUUGACGAAAUGCCGGUUAAAGACGAGCUCUCGUGGACUACUAUAGUCGUGGGCUAUGUCAGGAAAGGCGAUGUCCAUGCUGCUAGAUCAGCCUUUGAAGAGGUUGAUGCAGAGUUCGAUGUCGUGUGGAAUGCGAUGAUUUCAGGGUAUGUGCAAUCGGGAAUGUGCGCAGAGGCGUUUGAGCUGUUCAGGAGGAUGGUGUCGAAAAGGAUACCACCUGACGAAUUCACAUUUACUAGCGUCCUGAGUGCGUGUGCAAAUGCCGGGUUCUUUCUGCAUGGGAAGUCUGUCCAUGGGCAGUUCAUUCGGUUGCAGCCAGAUUUUGUUCCUGAGGCGGCUUUACCUGUUAACAAUGCGCUGGUGACCUUAUACUCGAAGUCCGGGAAGAUUUCUGUUGCUGCAAGGAUAUUUGACAGUAUGACUUUGAAGGAUGUCGUUUCUUGGAACACCAUUUUGUCAGGGUAUAUCGAGAGCGGUUGCUUGGACAAUGCAGCUAGGCUAUUUAAGGAGAUGCCAUAUAAAAGUGAGUUAUCAUGGAUGGUGAUGGUAUCAGGGUAUGUCCAUGGAGGUCUUGCAGAAGAUGCUCUGAAGCUGUUUAACCAGAUGAGGUCUGAGGAUGUCAAGCCAUGUGAUUACACCUAUGCCGGUGCAAUAGCUGCAUGUGGUGAACUUGGGGCGUUGAGGCAUGGAAAGCAGCUCCACGCACAUAUUGUGCGGUGUGGUUUUGAGGCAAGCAAUUCUGCGGGAAAUGCACUACUAACCAUGUAUGGUAAAUGUGGUGCUGUGAAAGAUGCUCGUCUUGUGUUCCUUGUGAUGCCCAAUGUUGACUCUGUCUCAUGGAAUGCCAUGAUUGCAGCCCUUGGGCAGCAUGGACACGGUAGGGAGGCACUUGACCUCUUUGACCAGAUGGUUGCUGAAGGCAUAGAUCCUGAUCGGAUUUCGUUCCUCACAAUUUUAGCAGCCUGCAAUCAUGCUGGCUUAGUAGACGAAGGCUUCCAAUAUUUUGAGUCCAUGAAAAGGGACUUUGGCAUUAGGCCUGGAGAAGAUCACUAUGCUCGGAUGAUAGAUUUGCUUGGCCGGGCUGGAAGAAUUGGAGAAGCAAUGGAUUUGAUCAAGACGAUGCCCUUUGAGCCUACCCCGGCUAUUUGGGAGGCAAUUCUCUCUGGCUGUCGGAUUAAUGGAGAUACAGAACUUGGUGCUUAUGCGGCAGAUCAGCUCUUUGAGAUGAUACCGCAGCAUGAUGGCACAUACAUACUACUGUCCAACACAUAUUCAGCUGCUGGACGCUGGGUUGAUGCUGCACGAGUAAGGAAGCUAAUGCGUGAUCGUGGGGUGAAGAAGGAGCCCGGGUGCAGCUGGAUAGAAGUUGGAAAUAAAAUCCAUGUGUUCCUUGUCGGUGAUACAAAACAUCCGGAAGCUCACGAAGUCUACAGAUUCCUCGAAAUGGUUGGUGCUAAGAUGAGGAAGCUGGGAUAUAUCCCUGAUACAAAGUUUGUGCUGCAAGAUAUGGCACCCCAUCAAAAGGAAUAUGUAUUAUUUGCGCAUAGUGAAAAACUGGCAGUUAGUUUUGGACUUCUAAAGUUGCCGCUUGGAGCCACAGUUACAGUUCUUAAAAACUUGAGAAUAUGCGGCGAUUGUCAUACUGCGAUGAUGUUCAUGUCACUGGCAGUUGGACGGGAAAUUGUCGUUAGGGAUGUUAAGCGGUUUCAUCAUUUCAAGGACGGAGAAUGUUCGUGUGGUAAUUAUUGGUGAAUGUACGUUUUGCUGUCAUCGCAGUGGACCUUCCAACAGAUGCCCUUCAGCCAAGGAUUCAAAAGCUAUUUACAUAAAAUGUACAGGAUCAUGUCUGGUACCGGUUACUGACAAUAGCCAGUUAUCUCACGGAGUCCCAGUGGACAAACUUUUAAUGAAGGAAGUCUACUUUACAACCCUGAACUCUUCGGUUUGUCUAAGAUUCAACCCCCAGCUCUCUUUUUGAAUCCACGUCUUCGGCUGGUUUUCAGCCAGUUACUAGCAUUUGAAACAGUUAGGGUGUAUUUGGUUCGGGGACGAAGUGGAACGGAAUGUCAUGGUUCCAUUCCACUGGAACGGGUUGGUUCCGUCCUUGUGUUUGGUAGAGGAGAUUUAAAGGAACGGAAUGGUUACAUUUUGA